AUGGACCGAGGUCGAUGUGGAUUAGGAUUAUAUGAUCCGCAUUGGAUGGGACUAUUUAGCUAUCAUCCAAGUCUAUACUUCCUCCAGUAUCUCCCUCAUCAUGUCCGAAAUCAACGUCACUGCAGUCCUCACCCCCAGGCCAGAGAAGUUUGA